AUGAAAACAAUCAUAUUCAUAUUCAUUUUAAUAACAAUCAUAACAUCAACUCCAUCAACUUGUUCAGAUGCUUUGACAAUGUAAGAAUGUACAUCAAUUAUUAAUGGAAUGUAAUACUUUUUUUAAUUAAUAAUAGUCAUGAAUGUAUUUGGUAUGAGAAUUAAUGUUAAUUCAAAACAUGUUAAAAUUCUUAAAUUCCUUGUGAUGGAUAAGUCUAUUAAGGGGAACUCUGUUCAAAUACAAAAUAAGGAUGUUAAUCAGUCAAAUAAUGUUCAGAUAUUGAUAAUUAAGAAUCAUGUUCUAUUCUCAAACCUUAAGGAAUAGAAUGUUAUUGGGAUUAAUCAUGUAUAAUAAAGAAUUGUUCACAUAAUACUAAAUCAAAUUGUAAAUUAACUAAUGAUGAAAAAUGCAUUUAUUAAAAUCAAAAAUGUUCAUCAAUUAAUUCAUGUUCUGAUAUAUUUGAAAAAUCAAGUUGUUUGGUAUCUUAAAUAUAAGGAUUAACUUGCAUUUGGAUGAAUGAUAGAUGUAUUACAAAUUCUUGUAAAGCAAUUUUAACUAAAGUAUUUAAUUAAUAUUAUAUAUUUAGGAAGAAUGUUUUUAAAGUGUUAGAAAUUCAGAAAAAUGCUUUUUUACUCAAAAUAAAGAUGAUACUAAUUAUUGUUUAAGUUGUUCAUAAUUGACUGAAUAAUGUUAAUGUAAUUAAUAUAAGCUUUUUGGUUGUGAAUGGUAAAUUGACUCUUGUUAAGAAGUUUCAUGUAAUACAUAUUUAAAUGAGAAAUAAUGUGCUGAUGAUAAAGAAUGUAUUUGGUAUAAACCAAUGAAUAAAUGUCUAACUAUUGAAGAAGCAUUAAAUAAUGACAGAGCUUGCGACAUUUAUAUAUCUAGUUAGAUUUUAAACAUUUGUACACUCUUAAUUCUAAUAAUUCUUUGGUGA